AUGGAAAGUAGCCAGUAUGAGUACUUACGUGUUAAUAAAUAUUUUUUGAAAAUCAUCGGCCAAUGGCCUUAUCAAUCGACCCUGGAAAAGAUUUUGAUCGGAAUAGUUUUUAUCCCAACCAUUGCUCUUCAAACGAUCCUUCAGGGUGGCGGAAUGAUAACAGCGUUCAACGUAGGCGAUAUCGAUACGUUCAUGGAAAGUUUUGCUCCUUUUGUAAUUAGCUGGAUGUGCCUCGCCAAAUUUACCAAUUUUAUUUUCAAUGGUAGUCAGAUGAAGAAUCUUUUGAACAUGAUGAGAGACGAUUGGAAGAUGUUUUCAGUAUCGAGCAACGAACUCGACAUUCUCUCGCGACAUUAUGGAGUAGGGAAGAAAAUUACCUUUAAUUACGCAGCUUCUCUAUACGGAACAAUGACACCCUUCAUGAUUGUACCAUCGCUACAGAUCGCGGCUGAUGCUGUAGGAUUCUACAAUCUGUCUGGCGAACGACCGCUAAUGUUUCGCAUUGAACAUUUCGUGGAUAUGGAGAAAUAUUACUAUCCUCUGCUGAUCCACUCAUACUUUGGCACCCUGGCAUUUAUUACGGUCGUGGUGGCUUGCGAUUCAAUGAUAGUACUUUACGUUCAACACGAGUGCGGAAUUUGUGAGAUUUUGGGAGGUCGACUGAAAAAUUUCGUGGAUGGCGACACCAACGAUAUAGAAUUGUAUCCUAACAAACACGAAGAUAAAUCGUAUCAAAAUACUAGAACGUGCGUAAUACUGCACAAACAUAUAAUCGAAUUUGGUAAAACAAUCGAGGAUGCAAACACGGUGGCUCUCUUCUUCCAAUUAGGAUUCAAUCUGAUUGGUGUAAGCUUCACACAAUUUCAGGCGGUAGCAAAUCUAGCAACUCCGAACAAGUCACUCAGGUUUGGUUCGUUUACGAUAUGCCUGUUGAGUAUCCUUUAUCUCGAUAGCUGGCGUGGCCAACAAAUGUUGGAUUCUACCGAUCGUAUUUUUGAAUAUACGACAAGUGGCAACUGGUAUUAUGCAUCUUUGAAUUCCAGAAAACUCUUGAGCGUUAUGUUGUCGAAAAGCAUAAGGCCUAUUAAAGUAACAGCUGGAAAACUCUACAUUUUUAAUUUAGAGAACUUCACAUCGGUUCUACGAACGUCAUUUUCUUACUGCAUGGUGCUCUGCUCUUUUCAAUGAUCAUUAAGUAACCAAUAACAGAUAUUAAUGUUCGUCGAUGAGAAGAGAGAUUUGUGGAGAAUAAAGAAACGUGUUGACA